AUGUUGUUUUUAAAUGAUGUACUACAAGUAUUUUCGUUUAACAUUUUAAAAGUACACAAUAAGAAACUUUUUAUGGUGUUAUUAUUUUUUGAUAAAAAUAAUAUUAAUAUUACAAACAAACUUAGAGAAAUUAAAUUAUCAAUCAACCCAUGGAAAACCCCCUCACCAUCAUCCAGGCACGAAGAAGUAGUCACCACAAGGUAUCGGAUUGGACACUCCCGUCCAACACACCUGCACCUUAUAACCAAAGAAGACCGCCCGACCUGCGAACUCUGUGAUAAAGAACUGACGAUAAAACACAUCAUACUCGAACGCCCCAAGUUCAACAGCUCCAGACAAAUUAUCGGAAACCCACCAACGAUGCAACAAGCACUUGGCGAAGAGAACUCCAAAAAUAUAUACCACUUUUUCACUAACAUAGGAUUAGCAAAAUUAAUGUAA